CCGGGCCGGGCCGGGCCGGGCGGCGGAGCGGCGGGCGGGGCGGUGCCGGAGCGGUGCCGGAGCCCCGGGGGCGGUGCCGCCGGCCGGGCCCCUCAGGAGGCGCGGCGGGGCUGCGCCGGCCCGGCAGGAGGGGCUGGGUGCCUCUCCCGGCGGGAGCGGGCUCUGGCUCUCCUCCCGGCUCCCGGGAGCCCCGGGGGCGCGGCCAUGUCCGGAGCCAUGAAGUUCAGCGGGUACCUGAAGGUGCGGAUCGGGGAGGCGGUGGGGCUGCAGCCCACCCGCUGGUCCCUCCGCCACUCGCUCUUCCGCAAGGGCUACCAGCUCCUGGAUCCCUAUGUCACCGUCAGCGUGGACCAGGUGCGCGUGGGGCAGACCAGCACCAAGCAGAAGACCAACAAGCCCACGUACAACGAGGAGUUCUCGGCCACGGUCACCGACGGCCAUCAGAUCGAGCUCUCCGUCUUCCACGACACCCCCAUCGGCUACGAUGACUUCGUGGCCAACUGCACCUUGCACUUCCAGGACCUGCUGCGCUCCGCCGCCCCCAGCGACACCUUCGAGGGCUGGGUGGAUUUGGAGCCAGAAGGCAAAGUGUUUGUUGUGAUAACUCUUACAGGAAGCUUCACAGAAGGGACUCUGCAGAGGGACCGGAUCUUUAAGAACCUCACUCGGAAGCGGCAGCGGGCGAUGCGAAGGCGGGUGCACCAGGUGAACGGGCACAAGUUCAUGGCCACCUACCUGCGGCAGCCCACCUACUGCUCUCACUGCAGGGAGUUCAUCUGGGGCGUGUUUGGGAAGCAAGGAUACCAGUGCCAAGUCUGCACCUGUGUUGUACACAAGCGCUGCCAUCACCUCAUUGUCACAGCUUGCACGUGCCAAAACAAUACUAACAAGAAUGAUCUCAAGGUGACUGAGCAGAGGUUUGGGAUCAACAUUCCUCAUAAAUUCAGCGUCCACAACUACAAAGUCCCAACGUUCUGUGACCACUGUGGCUCCUUGCUCUGGGGGAUCAUGAGACAGGGUCUACAGUGCAAAAUCUGUAAAAUGAACGUCCACAUCCGAUGCCAAGCAAAUGUUGCCCCAAACUGUGGGGUGAACGCAGCAGAGCUUGCAAAAACCUUGGCCUGCAUGGGUCUGCAACCAGGAAGCAUUUCCCCAAAUUCAAAACUGGUUUCUAGAUCUACGCUGAAACAUCAGGGAAAAGGCAGCCUGAAGGAAGGCAACAAUAUCAGUGAAAGUUCAGCAAGCAAACUUGGGAUCAAAGACUUAACCUUCCUUCGUGUAUUAGGAAAGGGAAGCUUUGGAAAGGUGAUGCUUGCCAAGAUGAAGGAGAGUGGGCAGCUGUAUGCAGUGAAGGUGCUGAAGAAGGAUGUCAUUCUCCAGGAUGACGACGUUGAGUGCACCAUGACUGAGAAACGCAUCCUCUCCUUAGCCAGGAACCACCCCUUCCUCACCAAGCUCUACUGUUGCUUUCAGACUCCUGAUCGCCUGUUCUUCGUGAUGGAGUUUGUCAACGGCGGGGACUUGAUGUUCCACAUCCAGAAGUCGCGGCGCUUCGACGAAGAUCGGGCCCGGUUCUACGCCGCGGAAAUUAUUUCAGCGCUCAUGUUUCUCCAUGGAAGAGGCAUCAUUUACCGGGACCUGAAGCUGGACAAUGUGCUGCUGGACUACGAGGGGCACUGCAAGCUGGCAGACUUUGGGAUGUGCAAAGAGGGCAUUCACGAUGGCAUCACCACAGCCACCUUCUGUGGCACGCCGGACUACAUCGCUCCAGAGAUCCUGCAGGAGAUGCUGUAUGGCCCCGAUGUGGACUGGUGGGCCAUGGGGGUGCUGCUGUACGAGAUGCUGUGCGGCCACGCGCCCUUCGAGGCCGAGAACGAGGACGACCUCUUCGAGGCCAUUCUGAAUGAUGAAGUCGUCUACCCAACGUGGCUCCAGCAGGAUGCAGUGGCAAUCCUCAAAGCAUUCAUGACAAAGAACCCCACGAUGCGGCUGGGCAGCCCCGGGCUGGGCGGCGAGAGCGCGAUCCUGCGGCACCCCUACUUCAAGGAGCUGGACUGGGACCUGCUGAACCAGCGGCAGAUGGAGCCUCCCUUCAGGCCCCGGAUUAAAUCCAAAGAUGACGUGAGCAACUUUGAUCCAGAUUUUAUAAAAGAGGAACCCAUCCUGACCCCCAUUGAAGAGGGGAUCCUUCCAAUGAUAAACCAAGAUGAAUUUAGAAACUUUUCAUUCACCAGCCCAGAACUGCAGCAAUAGUUGUGGCUCUGGAGAAAGGUUGCUGAGAGGACUGGGAGGAAAUUAAAUGAAAACCAAGUUUACCAGUAAUUUCAUUCUCAAGGAAUAGCAGUGCACUGACUUGCACGAUACAGCAGCACCACUGUCAAUGUUACCUUAAUGUGAAAUUGAAACCUUCCUGUGUUUGUAGGACUUCUGCAGCUCUUGGAUCAAAUAUUGACAGGGGUGGAACAAACAUGAUAUUAUUGUAAAUAGCUGAUGCAGACAGAGCAUUGGAUGCUGAGCUGGUUGGCUCAGCCUGAAUGUCACCGCUUGCAGUGGAUUCGAGGAGUUGGCAUGAGCAUGAAACAAGUGUCUUGCAGCCCUGAGCCAAACAGACUUGUUACAAUGCUGAUUGUUUGCAAGACUCUUUUGAGGAGUCCCAGCACUGCCCAGUGUUUUGGAGACGUGAUCCAACAUCCCGUGGCCUGACUGAACCAGAUGUUCCUACUGACUUUACCUGUUUCCUGCAGUAUUUAUUUCUUUCCAAAGCACAAAUGGCUCUCUGACACUGGUUCCCAUGUGAAAUAUUUCAUUGUGCUGACUAGCAGAAGAAAAAAAACACAAAUGCCCUGUGUCCCACACAGAUUCUUCCAAAUCAAAGGGAAGUCAUGUGCUUGUAGUGUUUUACUCUUUGUGCGUGUUGAAGUUUUAGUGUUUGCAUUCUGUGAAAUGCCUUUUUACAUCAUGCAUCUUCAAUGCUCCUUUCUUUGCCUCCCAGCUAUUUUCAACUAUAAUGUAACUUGUUGUACUGUUUAUUUAGGCCCUUUCUAUUUAAUUAUGUUACACAGAGCCCCUUUUGUGGGUUUAGUGCCUCAUUAAAAUUUUGAUCC